UGUGUUUUCUAAAUAUAUAAUUUACUGUGGCUAUUUUCUGACUCUUCACUAGUGUUACUUAUACCUAAACUUAUCUGUGUGUGCUUUAUGGGGAAAGUUUUGUUUAAAAAUCUUAAAAUUUUUCCUUCAGAUGUUUUGCAAGUUAGCAGUUUUUUUAAAAACCUAUUUUCAGGUUUAUUAAAUGGGGUUAAACUAUACUAAGCACCAGCUAUGGGUUUUAUGGAGUCUUAAAUCCUGGCGAAUGAGCCAACCCUACAGAGUGGUCUCCGACAAACGGGUGCUCUGAGUUGUAGGCAGUUCAUGCCACGGUAACACUAAGUCUAGAACAUUAAACUUAUCAUGUUAAAUUGAUUUCUGGAUGUUUCUCUGUGGAAGUCUUGGAAUAGUCCUCCCCUUCCUUUCUUUGAGCCAAAAAAACUCUGAACCAGAACAAUUCAAUUUCAAUUUGUGGAAAAGCUCUACUCCAUGGGCUAAACAUAGUGCUAAGAGAGAUUGGUGGGGAAGGGGGCAGGAACAUUUUGAUCACUUUGGCAUGUUACUAAAAUAUCUGAAUUUCUAGUUAAUCGCUCUGAGAUGUAUUUACAAGCUUUGUUUCUGAGGAGUAUUUGCAAGCCUCGUUCUCAAGCCUGGGAACCUCAGGAGCAAAACCUGCUUUUGAGCCAUAGUUCUUGUGUUAUAUGUUAAGCAUUUGGAAGGAACCCCAAGGAGGCCUCAGGAAGCAGUUACUGCCUCUUGACUUAUCAUCCUGAAGGCGAUUUGUUUUAAAGUUGAUAAUCCCUAGAGCUACAAGAGUGUCCCACAUCUGCCCUGAAUUGAAAACAGAUUGCCAUUAAGAGCCUUACAUCAGCGCUGCGAAUUCAUUCGAUCUGAGUCAGAAAGGAAGUUGGAGAACAUUCGAACGUAUGGCCUGAUAGCAACACGGCAGCUCCCUUCAUGGAGGACCAAGACGGCAGGGACGGCUCCCUGGGAAACAUCGAUGACCUGGCGCAACAGUAUGCAGAUUAUUACAAUACGUGUUUCUCCGACGUGUGCGAGAGGAUGGAGGAGCUGCGGAAACGGCGGGUUUCCCAGGACCUGGAUGUGGAGAAACCCGAAGCCAGCCCAACGUCACUUCAGCUGCGGUCCCAGAUCGAAGAGUCACUGGGCUUCUGUAGCACCGUGUCAACACCAGAAGUGGAAAGAAAGAAUCCUCUUCAUAAGUCACCCUCGGAAGACAGCUCUGUAGGAAAAGGAGAUUGGAAGAAGAAAAAUAAGUAUUUCUGGCAGAACUUCCGAAAGAAUCAGAAAGGAAUAAUGAGACAGACUUCAAAAGGAGAAGAUGUGGGUUAUGUUGCAAGCGAGAUAACAAUGAGUGAUGAGGAACGGAUUCAGCUGAUGAUGAUGGUCAAGGAAAAGAUGAUCACCAUUGAAGAAGCACUUGCUAGGCUCAAGGAGUAUGAGGCCCAGCACCGGCAGUCAGCUGCCUUGGACCCUGCUGACUGGCCAGACGGUUCUUACCCACCAUUCGAUGGCUCAUCAAACUGCAAUUCAAGAGAACAGUCGGAUGAUGAAGCUGAGGACUCGGUGAAGUUUAAGCGGUUGCACAAGCUGGUGAACUCCACUCGCAGAGUGAGGAAGAAACUAAUCAGGGUGGAAGAAAUGAAAAAGCCCAGCACCGAAGGCGGGGAGGAACAGGUGUCUGAGAAUUCCCCGGUCCCGGAUGAAAGGUCUGCCCUGUACUCUGGAGUGCACAAGAAGCCAUUUUUCUUUGAUGCCUCUCCUGAGAAACCUCCAGAAGAUGAUUCAGACUCUCUCACCACUUCUCCAUCAUCCAGCAGCCUGGACACCUGGGGUGCCAGCCGGAAGUUGGUCAAAACCUUCAGCAAAGGAGAGAGCCGGGGCCUGAUCAAGCCCCCCAAGAAGAUGGGGACGUUCUUCUCCUACCCAGAAGACGACAAGGCCCAGAAGGUGUCCCGCUCCCUCACCGAGGGGGAGAUGAAGAAGGGUCUCGGGUCCCUGAGCCACGGGAGAACCUGCAGUUUUGGAGGAUUUGACUUGACAAAUCGUUCUCUGCACAUUGGCAGUAAUAAUUCUGACCCGUUGGGUAAAGAAGGAGAUUUUGUGUAUAAAGAAGUAAUCAAAUCACCUACCGCCUCCCGAAUCUCUCUUGGAAAAAAGGUGAAAUCAGUGAAAGAGACAAUGAGGAAGAGAAUGUCUAAAAAAUACAGCAGCUCUGUCUCUGAGCAGGAUUCAGGCCUUGAUGGAAUGCCGGGCUCCCCUCCAUCCUCUCAGCCUGACAGCGAACACAUGGACAAGCCCAAGCUCAAAGCCGGAGGUUCUGUGGAGAGUCUGCGGAGUUCUCUGAGCGGUCAGAGCUCAAUGAGUGGUCAAACAGUGAGCACCACCGAUUCCUCGACCAGCAACAGGGAGAGCGUUAAGUCGGAAGACGGUGAUGACGAGGAGCCCCCGUACCGGGGCCCGUUCUGUGGGCGCGCCAGGGUGCGCACCGACUUCACGCCCAGCCCCUAUGACACAGACUCCCUCAAGCUCAAGAAAGGAGACAUCAUUGAUAUAAUCAGCAAACCCCCCAUGGGCACCUGGAUGGGCCUGCUGAACAACAAGGUGGGCACAUUCAAAUUCAUCUACGUGGACGUGCUCAACGAGGAAGAGGAGAAGCCCAAGCGGCCCACCAGGAGGAGGAGGAAAGGAAGACCCCCCCAGCCCAAGUCGGUGGAGGAUCUCCUGGAUCGCAUCAACCUCAAAGAGCACAUGCCCACUUUCCUGUUCAAUGGAUAUGAAGAUUUGGACACCUUUAAGCUCCUGGAGGAGGAAGAUUUGGACGAGUUAAAUAUCAGGGACCCAGAGCACAGAGCUGUUCUCUUGACAGCCGUGGAGCUGUUACAGGAAUAUGACAGUAACAGCGACCAGUCCGGAUCCCAGGAGAAGCUGCUUGUUGACAGCCAGGGCUUGAGUGGAUGCUCUCCACGAGACUCAGGAUGCUAUGAAAGCAGUGAGAACUUGGAAAACGGCAAGUCUAGGAAAAGCAGCCCCUCUGCCAAAUCUUCAGCCGAGUCCAGCGUGAAGUCUUUCAACAGGAAUCAGCUGGGCAACUACCCAACCUUGCCUCUAACGAAGCCAGUAGAUGCGCUGAAGCCGGGAGGGGAGGGGAGGCUGGGCAGCGGUCUCACCCCUCACGCCUCCAAGCACUGUGAUCCCCCGUGUGUGACUGACUUGAAUAAAAACCGAAGGAGCCUCCCCGUUUCCAUCUGCCGGAGCUGUGAGACCCUGGAGGGCCCCCAGACCGUGGAGACUUGGCCCCGAUCCCACUCCCUGGAUGACCUUCAAGGAGAGCCUGAAAAAGUUGUGCCUGGUGAGGUGACAGAACCUUCCCCUCAGAUUGUACCCAAAGUGCCACAAAAGACAGCGCCCCCCAGCACAAAGGUUCAAAGCCCCAAACUAGAUUCUGCUGUUGACAAUGCACUGCUACUGACCCAAAGCAAGAGAUUUUCUGAACCUCAGAAAACGACUACUAAGAAACUGGAUGGCCCGAUGGCUGCCUUGUCACAUGGCACAUCCCCUCCUCCGUGUUUACCCAAAACCUAUGACGCCCAACCGCCCGCCGUUAAACACGGUCUAACAAGGACGCCUCUUGAGGGUCACAGGAAAGGACUCGAUUUCGAAGGGACACAUCACCCCCCGGGCACCAAAGAAGGCGUGGAUGCUGAGCAGAGGGGCCCCGAGGCCAGAACGCAGGCCAGACCUCCAGCCCAGCCUCCCCCGGUCCCCGCCAAGAAGAGCAGGGAGCGCCUCGCCAACGGGCUGCCUCCUGUCCCUCCUGGUCCCCCCGGCGCCCCUGGCCCCGAUGCACCCAGCCUGCCCCUUAAAAAGGGCAGCCCCGGCGGCCCCAGCGACUGUCCGCCGCCGCCGGUGGCCAGGCCUCCCCCAGGGCCGGAGCCGGGCAGCCCGCCGAGCGCCAGGCCUCCACCCUGGCUGUCGGAGCUGCCUGAGAGCGCCAGCCUCCAGGAGCACGGCGUGCGGCUUGGCCCUGCCCUGGCCAGGAAGGUCUCCUGCGCCCGCGGGGUGGACCUGGAGAUGCUCACCGAGAAGAAGCUGCGGGCCGAAGGCAUCGAUCUCACCGAGGAGCCCUAUUCCGAUAAGCAUGGCCGCUGUGGGAUUCCUGAGGCCCUGGUACAGAGAUACGCGGAGGACUUAGAUCAGCCCGAGAGGGACGUUGCCACCAACAUGGACCAGAUCCGCGUGAAGCUGCUUCGGAAGCAGCACCGCAUGGCGAUCCCAAGCGGUGGACUCACAGAAAUCUGUAGGAAGCCCCUGUCUCCCGGAUGCGUUUCAUCCGUGUCGGAUUGGCUGGUUUCCAUCGGUCUGCCCAUGUACGCCAGUGCCCUCACUGAAGCGGGCUUCAGCACACUGGGCCAGGUGCCUUCUCUGUCCCACACUUGCCUUCAGGAGGCCGGCAUCACAGAGGAGAGACACAUAAGCAAGCUCGUGUCUGCAGCCAGACUCUUCAAACUGCCACCAGGCCCCGAGGCCAUGUAGUCAGGCCCGAAAUGGACCUCCCUGGACAAGAGCCACCCGUUCACUGUGUUUAUGAUGCUGAUGCAAUUCCUCCUUGGCUGGACAUGCAGACCAGACCCAGAAGAAAGGCCCAGUGUGUGGCCAGCAGAACUCGGAAUCUUGGCACGGGACUCUCUUCUCCAGAAAAGCCCCCUCCAGGAAAUUGGUGUGGUUCUCUUUGACCCCCAAAGAAAAGACAAGCACUUAUUUUUGUUUUCAGGACACAGUAGAACAAAGAUGCCAACUUGCCACAAAUGCUCUGCCUGCAGUCUGUCUUGGUGCACUGGGUGAGGGCAGGGGGCAGGGGAGGGGCAGCCUGUCCUGUUUCUAAGCGUGCUUCUAGCCCUUCUGUCUGUCACCUUGCAGGGUUCCCGAGGCCCAGAUGGGCUUUAGCCAGGCCAAAGUAACAGACUCGGGAGUGAUUGUACACUAUUGACCAGGCUCACUGGUUCAAAAAUAAGAAAAUCUGGCUGCACUAGGAAAAAAAAGAGCCCUCUUCUCCUUUAGAUACACAAGAGACAUUUUAAUAAUUGCUUUCUAGCAAUCAGCUUUUAUUUGCCUUAAUGUAAGCUUUUAAGCAGUUAUCUAACUUAGUGUUCACUACCAUGUAACCAUAGUUCCAAAUCUUCAUCUUAGACUGCCAUCUAACAUAUCUGGGAUGUUUCCAGCAGAAAUGGGCUUUUCUAAUUGUCUCACUCUAACAUGGCUUAUUUUAUAGGGGUGUUUAUCAGGCCAAAUUUCAUGUUGACUUUCAGUUUUUAAACUAACUACAAAUCUGGUAAAAAGCGCUCUUAAAUUCACAGAGAUAUCACGUGUGAGAGUAUAUGUGUGUGUUUGAGAUUAUGAUCUUUCAUCUUAAUCAGUUUAGUGUUGUUACCACUUUGGUCGUCGUGCUGCAGUAUUGACUUGGAAUCUUGACCGUGUCCAUUCCAAAAUUCAGUCAUUAGCUAACAGAUCACCUUUGCAAAAGGUCACUGUAGGGGCUUCCCUGGUGGCGCAGUGGUUGAGAAUCCGCCUGCCGAUGCAGGGGACACGGGUUCGUGCCCCGGUCCGGGAGGAUCCCACAUGCCGCGGAGCGGCUGGGCCCGUGAGCCGUGGCCGCUGAGCCUGCGCGUCCGGAGCCUGCGCUCCGCAACAGGAGGGGCCACAACAGUGAGAGGCCCACAUACCGGGGGAAAAAAAAAAAAAAAAGGUCACUGUAAGUUGAAUAUUUAAGGAGGUUGUUUUUUAAAAGGGAAGUAGUUUAUAAGAUAUUAUAAAAGUUUUUUUUUUUGGUUUUAUAAUUAAAAUACUAUUUUCCAUCUUUUCUUAUUUAGAUAAUUCACUUAAAUAUAAUAAAGGUUCAUUUUGGAGCCAAACUACAUUGGCCAUGUAUUAAGUAGUUGCAUAUUUUCAGUUGUUUUCUGACUGAUUUCAGCAUUCUCUUUUAGUCUAGUGGCUGAUUCUCUAGCAAACAGAAAUUAUUGUUUCCAAUUGCUUACAAAGUGAUUUUCCUUUACAUCCUUAUCAUGAACCCUAUUUUAAGCACUGGGUGUGAUCAUUUACAAUAGAAAUGUUUUGAGUCUUGAUUUAAAAGUUCUGUAAUAUCUCAUCUACUCAUUAAAACAAAUGAUAUCCCUCAGGGGAGGGGGGAAAAAGGUGAUUUCAUUAAUUACAAAACCAUUUUACCAUUUGCUUUAUACAUCUGGAUCCAUGUUUCUGAGAAAAAGGACAUUCUCAGGUGACAUAUUUUUUUUCAUGCUUUUGGUAUGCAUUUGAAAGAAUAAUAUAUAUUUCUUCAAUAAUAGUCACCUUCUAUAAGAUGCCAUGUAAGAAGUUGUGGAAAUGUAGAAAAAAAGCUAAAGCUGCCAAAUUUCUGUUGAACUCUUCAAAACAGCCCAUUUUUGUCAUCUGGGGUAUGACAUUCCUGUGGGCUGUGACAUUCCAUUUAUAAGGUAACGAGGCUGCAGGGCUCUCCUAUGUCACUGGAAGGAAUUUCAAGCGUGUGGUGAGGUGGACACUGUAAAACGGGCUCCUCACCCUGCGUUUUCAGUACCUCAGCAUGACAUCUGAGAGAGCCUGCUCAUAGCUUAAGCUGAGCUAAAAGACCACACGUAAAGUCAGGUAAUAGGUAACAAAGGAGAAGGGGAAAGUGUUAGUUCAUUUUCACAGUAAGAUUUUCACUUAAUGUAAAAGUGGUGCCAGAAAAGGGAGCUUUCUGAAUAUGAGUUUUUGAGAAUGCCAAACUGUAUCUUUUUCGUUCUUCUUUGGAAAUCAUUGCCUUUGCAUAGAAGUGAAAUUCAGGGACCAUGAAUCAUUUUCAGUGGGAAGGGCUUCCUAGUCUGUGGGAUCUGAGGUUAUUUUUACUUUCUUGUGCUUUAAAAAAAAAUUGAUUUUUGUUUGUUUUUUUUUACUUUUAGUAGUUGUUUGGUCUUCUUUUGCUUUAAACUUUUAAUUUGAUCUUAGAAAAGCCUGAAUGUGUGUGUGUGAUGUUUGACCGAGGUGGUUUGGGGCCUCCUGUGGAUGCCAGAAGGCAGGUGGUCAGCUUCAGCAAUAUCCAGUUUUAAUCCAUUGCACUUGGUGCAGAAUGUUGAGGAAGGGUGAAAAUUGUCGUCUUUGGAAAGCACAAAAGAAACCUGGAGAGGCAGUUUGGCUCAGGUAGCUACACAUCCAUUGUGUGUCAUUUUUUCCUUUGAAGCUGUCUACAAGGAAGUGCAGCCAGUCCCAACCACUACUUACAUUCCCAGAUAACCAAGAAGUAGAUUUUCCUGGCCUUGCCUUAGUCAGAGGCCUUUUCUCUUUCCAGGUAUAGGUGAAAUUGGAAGUAACUAGUCGAUUGAAAAUCAGUUCCUGACAGAGCAAAGUUUGCUUUCAUAAUUGCAGCAAAAGAAGUCAAUUCACCAAGUCAGUGCUGCAUGUGUGUACUGUAUUAUUUUCAGAAAAAAAAAUAUAAUAGUCUGAGUCCAAGUUAUCUCGAUUUUAAAUUGAUAAACAAGAAACUGUCAAGCAAAUUAUAUAACAACUAACAACAUUGCACUUUCUGUAUAUGAAAUCAAUAUUUAAAUAACUUAUUUUUCUCCAUUGCUGUUCUUAAACAUUGUAAGUAGCUGUAAUAUACCAGUACCAAUAUGUUCUUGCGAUUGCUUCAGCCCAAGAAAGCUGUGUAUUGUUUUAAAAACUGUAAAAAUUAUUGUGAUGAUUCAUUUAGCAAAAAGGUGGACAGAAGGGUUUUCCUAUGUAUCAAAACUUGUCUAUAAUUAUGUCAUCUAUAUACCUAGAAAAAAAAAGUAAAUAAAUUUCUUCAGU